CCGGCCUGCUGAGGAAGAGCCGUUGGCUGCUCACGAUUACUGCGGAGGGGGAGGGGCCGAGGCUGCUUCUGGCUGCCGCUCCGCGGAGCAGCGCUCUUGGUCCCGCCUGCUGCCUAGGAAACACCGUGGCGCCGAGCAGGGCCUAGUGCCGGGGGCCCGGGCAACGGGCCGGACAGGUUUCCCCAUGUCCGUGACGUGCUGGCCGAGGCUCUGCGGCUGCUCCCCGCCCUUGGAGCUGCUAGUUGCUACCCUUUGGACUCCGUGAUCCCUGACGAACGUCAUGAGCAUUGCAAUCCCUCUGGGAGUCACCACACCAGAUACAUCUUAUUCAGAUAUGGCUGCCGGAUCUGACCCAGAGUCUGUGGAAGCUAGCCCAGCUGUUGGUGAGAAGAAUGUGUACUCGAGUCACGGCUACGGGGCCUCCCAGAGGCACAGCUACCGAGGGCUGCCUUAUGCAGAUCAUAAUUACGGAGCCCCUCCUCCUCCGACCCCUCCUGCUUCUCCCCCUGUCCAGACCAUCAUCCCCCGUGCAGAACUGAAUGGCCUCCACUCGCACGAUGAGGAGAAUUCUGGGGAUACAGAGAGCUCCUCAGAGUCCGAGUCCAUCCCCAGCUGGUGCCACUGCAGCCUCUCCCAGGAAGGCUUCCUCAUCAAAUGCGAGAAGUGCAGGGGUAUCGGCAGGGGAAAAGUGAUCAGGCUUCACCGCCGGAAGCAAGAUAACGUGUCAGGAGGAGACAGCAGUGCGACUGAGAGCUGGGACGAGGAGCUGUCUCCAUCCACAGUGUUGUACACAGCUACGCAGCACACCCCCACGAGCAUCACCCUGACAGUAAAUCGGGUCUGCAGAACCAAGCCCAAGAAGAGGAAAAGGAAUACGGAGAGAGCACGCACUGCUCCAAAGGCCAAAAAAAUCAAGGCUUUUAGAGAAGGUUCACGGAAGUCUUUGCGGAUGAAGAACUCUCCUUCAGAAGCCCACGCCUUAGAUGAGAACACAGCAGAAGGCUGGGAGAACCGCAUAAGGCUCUGGACGGAUCAGUAUGAAGAAGCCUUCACGAACCAGUACAGUGCUGAUGUGCAGAACUUGCUAGAACGCCAUCUCAAUGCCAACAAAGAAUUUGUGGGCAAGGCAGCCGUGCUGGACACCAUCAAUAAGACGGAACUUGCCUGUAACAACACGGUCAUUGGAUCCCAGAUGCAGCUGCAGCUGGGGAGAGUGACCCGAGUUCAAAAGCACCGGAAGAUCCUGCGCGCUGCCAGGGAUCUGGCUCCUGACACCCUUAUCAUUGAGUAUCGUGGGAAAGUGAUGCUGCGGCAGCAAUUCGAGGUCAAUGGGCAUUUCUUCAAAAAGCCGUAUCCCUUUGUGCUGUUUUACUCCAAGUUCAGUAGCGUUGAGAUGUGCGUAGACGCUCGCACUUUCGGCAAUGAUGCCAGAUUCAUCAGGCGCUCCUGCACACCAAAUGCAGAGGUUCGUCACGUGAUAGCUGAUGGGAUGAUUCACCUAUGUAUAUACGCUGUUACAUCCAUUGCCAAGGAUGUGGAGGUCACAAUUGCCUUUGACUACGAAUACAACGUCUGCAACUAUAAAGUGGAUUGUGCCUGUCACAAGGGGAACCGGAAUUGUCCCGUUCAGAAACGAAGCCCAAACGCUAUAGACCAGCUACCUCCACCUAUUCUAGACACUUUGAUCGGAGCAGAGACCAGGCGUCGGAAAGCCCGUCGGAAGGAGCUGGAGCAGCGUGACGCCGCGUCAGAUGAGAACAGUAAUCCACAGGCAGAGGAGGUCCCCGAGGGACUUACUGCAGCCAGUGAUAAUGAGGUUGCAGACAAAGAGGAAAAGCCAGAGGAGGAGAAAGAAGCAGCUGCGGAUGAGCAGGGUGGCCUCAUGCAGAGCAGGCGGUCUCGAGAAGAUAGGAAAGCAGAAGCCAUCAUGCACGUCUUUGAAAACCUGGAGAAGCGAAAGCGAAGAAGAGACCUACCGUCAGACCGGAGCAGCACCGACGCAGAAGUGGUGGUGACCGCCGAGACGCCAGAACCGGAGGAAGUAAAAUCGGAGCCAAAUGAAACCGAAGAAAGCAGUUUGGCUUUAAACCCUCCUGCCCCAGUUACCCCUCCGUGUGUCAGCACUGGAGUGAAUACCCGGAGGUCUUCACAGGCUGGGGAGACUGCUGCAGACAAGCCAACUUCUAAACCAGCACCAUCCAAACCAACAAGGCCGCGUCCCAAGAGCCGGUUUUCUCGCUACCGGAGCAGUUCGGCGCAGCGGCUGAGAAGGCAAAAGCAAGCCAGUGCCCAGCAGGCUGAGCUCACGCAGGCUGCGCCGGAGGAAGGGAGCUGCGUGAGCACCGUGGCAGUGGCGGAAGUCAGCAGCACAGAGGGUCCAGGAGAAGGGAAGCAGCUGUCUGGCUCUGACCCGGCUGUGGCUGCAGUUCCAGGAUCCCAGGCCAACCGGGUCACAGUCAAGUACCCCAAAACAAAAAAGUAUCUAGUUACAGAGUGGCUGAACGACAAAGCUGAGAAGCAGGAGUGCCCCAUCGAGUGUCCUUUACGCAUCACCACUGACCCAACUGUGCUGGCCACCACCCUCAAUAUGUUGCCAGGCCUCGUCCACUCCCCGCUCAUUUGUACCAUGCCUAAACACUACAUCCGCUUUGGUUCUCCCUUCACCCCAGAAAGACGGCGACGGCCAGUUCAACUAGACGGGAACUACAGCUCCUGUAAAAAGCGCUGGAUGAAGCAAGCUCUGGAAGAAGGAAUGACUCAGACCUCAGCGCCUUCCCAGGAGAACAGAGCCCAGUGUCUAUACCAAAGCAACGAGAGCAGCAGCGGCGGCGCUUCUGGCAUCUGCAAAGAGAACGCAGACCUGCUGAGCCCCUUGAAGAAGUGGAAGUCUCGCUACCUGAUGGAGCAGAGUGUGACCAAGUUGCUGAGGCCGCUGUCUCCAGUCACGCCCCCGCCUCCGGCCCCCUCCUCGGUGCUGGAUUCCCUGAGCCCGCAGCUCACCCUGUCCUCCUCAUCUAUGCCGGGCGAGGAGGAGUGUCGCAGCGGCUGUGGAGUGAUCUUCUCACCAAUCCCUUCCUUGUCUGCCAGUCGUUGCAAUACUCCACUACAGUUUGAGAACGUAUCCUCCCCCGAGAGUUCCCCUGCGCAUAGGUCCGAGUCCCUGUCGCCCGAGCUCUGUCUCAGGACGGAUCUUGACACGGCGAAGCCAGGAUACCUGGAGGCCAGCACCAACAGCUGCCCGGAGAGACAGUCGCUGCUCACAUCAGGGCAUUCAGAUCCAGCCUCCCAGCCUUCAGAGACCAGCUUCCCCGGAAAGAGCGGGGAAGCACAGACGCUGCUAAGAAGCUCUGACCAGGCUUUUCGGACAGAGUUUAACUUAAUGUACGCCUUCUCCCCUUUGAAUGCCAUGCCCCGGGCGGAUGGACUGCUGCGAGAAUCUCCCCAGAUGGCUGACGGGAAGCCUCUCAAUCCAGAGAGGUGUUGCUGCAGUUGUCCCGCAGAGGGGUAUUUCUGCAGGCACGACCAGGCACUUCAUAAAGAGUUGCCCCAUGGAUCCAUGGCCCCCUGUGGCGAGAGAGCUUGCGAAGGAGUGAAAUCCACCCCCCAGAACCCACCGCAGAGGAAAAAGGUAUCUCUGCUGGAGUACCGCAAGCGAAAGCAAGAAGCCAAGGAAGGAGGGGAUUCCACUCGAUGCACAGGGACGCCGACCCGACUGGGCAGCAGCUGUUCUGCAGUUGAUGUGGACCCUGGUGUUGCGCAAGGCUCCGGGAGCCGAGUCCUGUCCUCCCCACAACAUGGCUUCUCCCCCUCACAUUCCUCUUUGUCUCACCUAGAAGAGGUCAGCCCACCGGAACCAAGGGGGACCACACACUGCAAAUCCCAGGAGAGCAUCAGCAGCAAAUGGAUGGUGCCUACCUCGGUGGAGCGGCUCCGUGAAGGCCGUGGCAUUCUGGAGAAGGUUUUACGUAGCAGCGCUAAGAUGUGUCAGAGAGGAGAGCCCUCGCCCACUCGUGAAAGCCUUGGGGAGAGAGAAGCAGAUACAUUGGAAGGAGACACAACCGAUUCCCCCAGCUCUGCCCUCAAGGGACCAGCCGUUUACAGUCCUUCUCGGUAUAAUUACCAGCUCUUGCAAUCCGAUAGUCCGCGAGCAGAGUCUCAGGCUGCCCUUCAGAGCUCCUCCCCGUACCGAGGACAUCCCAUUGCGUCACCUGGGUACAGUUACCGGUCUCAGUCACAGCGAACAGGACACCUCCCUUCUCACGCCUCCUCGGAAUCCUCCGUUUCCUCCGCUCCUUUGGCCUCCACGGACUCCUCGGCUCUGUGUACAGGGAACUCUGGGUAUUACGGCAGCCAGCAGCACUCGAGCGGCGGCGUCCUGAAGAAGAGCUGUCCGGCGGUUGCCGCCCCCAGUUCUUCUACCCAGGCGGCUGCUGCUGCAGACUGUUUGCCCCCCUCCGAACCAGGGCCUCAGCCCUGCGCGGGAACUGCCAGCUGCACUUCUUCAUCUAGGCCCUCACAGUCGGACUUGCGGACUAUCAACCCUCCCAGCUCUGGGCAGACAGCUCUCUAUCCCAGCUCCAGAGCGGCAGCACUUUCCAACUCACAGCACUACUCACACCGAGGGGGAGGCGGCGGCAUCCACCAGUACAGACUGCAGCAGCUCCCGGGGUCAGGUGUGAAGACUCAGACGGGACUUUCUUAGGGCAGGACAGAAACGAGCCCAGCAUUCCUUCCAGCUGCCGGUCACGGGGGAGCGAUGCUGGAACGGCAGAGGACCGGGGGCUGGGGGUGGGGGGGAGUACAUGCGCGAGAGAGGACCGCGAGCCUUCUCUGGCCUGGGAAGAGGGUGGCGGCGGCAACGGAGCCUGUAGCAAAGAAACCUCUCCCUGAUGUCUGGGUACGUUGUAGAAAGCUAAUGGUGCUGAAUGGCAUGAUGGCCUCUUUCUUCUGCCUGCCUGCCCGUAGCUGUAGUCAUCUGGGCAGCAGGUGGGAAAGCUUGAAUACGAAAUCAGUGCAAAAUCAGAAGAAAAUAGGGGAGGGGAAAUGGGGGGAGGGGGGGCGUUCAUCUAAAUCCCAAAGUGCUCUCUGCAGGGUUGGGUUCCCAGAAUCCUCUGGGGCAGGGGAGGGUGGGGGGGUUGUAGUCCACUCUGAUCAUUCCAGUUGCAAGCAAGAGCAUCCGUAGGGUCUGAGCAAAGAGCGGUGGGGCGGCCCGGUGGUGUGGGGCGCAUGUCUGUGUGGCGAUAAGGCGUGGUGGGGCAGGGGCGUGCGCAUGGGGAUGGCCACAGAGUCACUUGGCGAAUGGUAAAGAGUGUGCUAACAUGUGGCUGCAGAGGGCCUGGGGCAAGCAUCUCCACUACACUGCCAGCGUGGCCGUAGCUUUGAAGCAGGCAGUGCUGUGGGCGUGGUGGGGAGGGUGGGCGUGGCGGCUUGUUUGAAUGACGGUGAAGAAGUGCCCCAUCUGGUGGUGCUGCUGCUGUUCCUGAAAGUAUACGCGAAUGGAUGGGGGAGCCCCCCGACCGCCCCCCGAGGUCCAGGAGCCGGGCCGGACCCCCUGGAUGCUCUGGAGUCCAAUUCCAUACAGUUGCCAGCUUUUCUCACUCGUUUACUGUACUAUCAAGCGUGUGUUUUUAUUUAUCUAAUUUUAUAUUCAGUUAUAACCAUAGUAGGUUAGCAGAUAUCAGGCAGGUCUAACCCCCGGCGCCGCCAUGGACUUCUUCUCUCUCGGUCAAGAUGAUGCUGUGAGCGUGUCUUCCCUCAUUUCUCAAAUGCACAGAUCUCUCUUUGGUUUCCCUUUUUUUUUUUUUUUUUGGCCUUUUUCUUUUUAAAAAUUAGGACUGUUACAAGAUUCUCUCGCUCACAAAUGAAAUCAGGUGUUCAUUUGACUUAGGGGGAGACUCUUUAAAAAAAAAUUAUGAAAGCAGAGAAGAAGAGAAAUAUUACCUUUCCUCAAAAGUGUCUGGCUGUGAGCAUGUUGGGGGAUGGAACUUGUCACCCAGAAAAUGGGUGUCCUAUAUACUGUAUAAAAGGGUGACAACUUCACCGGGCUGUGCAGCCUCCCUUUCAGUGACGCCGAAGCGUGUCUCGUGGAGUGAAUGGCUGCAAGAGAUUUCGGAGGGCCAGCAGGCAAACCCGAAGCACUUCUGCCUGCGCAAGAUGCUGGGGAGGAGCCACCAGGAAGGGGGGGCGGGAGGGGGCUGCAGCACCGCCCUCGAGUGGAGUUGUACACUGUGCUGUAACAUUUGAACUUUCACAAGAGAUGUAAUAAUUUUGAUAAUAAAACUGCUUAACUUGAAA